GAGGAGGAGGAGGAAAAGGAAGAAGUGGGUGGGGCUGCGUGUUAAUCAUGGCUGCUCACCAAGUACGGUGGCGAAAUAGGCUAUACGUUUUCUUAUUACUGUGGCCAGUUUAUGUCUCGGCUUUCCUAAACUUAGAAGAACUGAAUGAGAUGAAAUAUGAGAUUCAGAUUCUUCCCGAUCCUGUCAUAAUGGGGCAGACCAACACAGAUGAGGUCAUGAUGGUGUCCAGCAAGUACAAGCAAGUGUAUGAGUGUCGACUUCCAGCUCAGGCGGUCCGCUUUCACCAGGACCCCGUGUCAGAUCCAGACUCACAAGGGUACACCGGGCCGGACAUCCUUGAUCUACUCAGCCCCAUGCGAGAGCCUCCCUGUCUAGUGUUGACAAAAGAUUGGUGGACAUAUGAGUUCUGCCAUGGUCAGCAUAUCAAACAGUACCACCUCGAAGACUCAGAAAUCAAAGGGGACGUCCUCUUCCUGGGCUACUAUGAGUCUGAAUUUGACUGGAGUAAUGAAACCGCAAAGGCCUCCAAACAGCACAGACUGAAACGUUUCCACAGUCAGACUUAUGUAAACGGCUCCAAGUGUGACAUCAAUGGGAAUCCCAGGGAGGCCGAAGUCCGGUUUGUAUGCGAAGACGGUUCGGGUGACUACAUCGCGCGAGUGGACGAGCCUCAGUCAUGCCGCUACGUGGUGACCAUUCAUACGAGUCGCACCUGCCAGCAUCCCUUACUGCGACCUCCGUCCACUGCCAAGCCCCAGGGGAUCAUAUGCCAGCCAGCGCUAAGCGCACAACAGUACAUGGACUAUGUCAAGGCGCAAGUCUCGGACACAAAGCGUAAAGUGGAACAAAUCUCAGAGGAGCUGAGGAGUCUUGAUGAGAUGUUGGCUGGUAACGAGGAGGUGCCGGUGGAAGGAACUGCGGAAGAAACCUCACCAGAUCCCAAUGAUGGCCGGGACCAGUCAGACCAAAAAGAUAUUGCUGACGGGUCUGACAGUGCAGGGUCAGAAGACCCAGAGGAUACUCAGUUCUGGGAAGGAAUUGCAAAACCAACAAGUUCAAAAACAAGCUCUUCUCAUGAGGAGAGUGAGCAGGCAGCUGAUGACGGCUUGAACUCACUUACAGACAAUGAAGUCCUAGAUGAUGGAAAUGAAGCUGAAAAUUUCAACUUUAAAAUCAUCACUGAUCCAUCAGACCUGAUGAAAUUUGUCCAGCAUCUCAAGGAGAGUAACAGAAAGAAAGCGCAAAACCGAGCAAAGGAGCAAGCGGGGGAAAGGGGAUCCGUGAGGCGCGGCAAAGACGACAGAGAGGAUGAUGAAGAUGAACGGCUACUUCAGGAAUUCAAGGAUGAAAUGGCAGACAUCUCUGUGCCGGCUGAUAAGGCUGAUGAGAUACAGGAAACCAUGCGAAAAGAGUUUGACAACAUCAUUAAUGAGGCACAGCAAGAAUUGGAGACAGAAGGGCUGAAAGGGGAGUUUGAUCGCACUCAGGCGACGCAGGCACUGGAGACCACGCUCGAUAAGCUUUUCGAUCAUUUGGAGGAGAAAGACGAGCACGAGCAGGACCACGAGAAGCCACCUGCAGGAGCUCAAAAAGCCAACGACCCGACCCGGGGCAGCCCCAGUUUAGCGCCAAAGCAACCCGACCAAGAUGCCGAUGACCAUGUUAAGAUCAAAAUAACUAAGUAUAGGACAGGCAGCAGCUCCGAUGGGGAGUUCAAAGUACAGGAGUUGGGCAAAGGAGAUCCCCAGUGGCAGCACAUAAAGGACGUGGUUAAAGAACAGCUAGAGAAAGCAGGACUGAAGGCCGAAGGUAAAAUCGAGGUGAAGAUCUUGACACGAAAGAAUACAGACGAGGCAGGUGAUCAGUGGCUGACCGAGGAAGACACAAAAUCAUUUCGAGAACUCCUCAUAAACCUGCUGACGGGAGGCACAGAGGAAGUUCAUAAAGAGCAAAAGCGACAGCAGGAGUUGGAAGACAACUACAGGUUUGUGUGGGGCGAGGGCCAAGAGGAAUCCCAGUCUUCCAGCAACUCGGACUCGGACGAUGUGGAUUUGUGAGCUGCAGUGCGGCCAUCGCGAAGGUGUACUUUGGUGGUGAUCAGCGAUGCGGGGAGACUUUCAAGCGCAGCCCCCAAUUGUCACAAGGAUUCAUCUCUUGCUAUUAAAGCCAGCGGGUUGCAUGACCUGACGUGUUUGCACCUUUGGGAAGCUUGUCUGGGGUCAGCAGUGCAUAGCGGGCACAUAGGUUGAUGUUAUUUGACAGAAUCACUGUCAGCUCUACUUGAAUGAGUUCGGCAUUUUCCCUUCUCUACAUAGAUGGCUACAAAAAAAAAAGGAAAUGGACAAUGCCAACCUUUUUAUGAAUAUUUAAGUCAGCGGUGCUGCCUAUUUUGCAUGGUAGUCACUUGUCGCUCAUGUUGCCAUUCACUGAGGUCCCCAGUGGUUUGUUACGCCGCACCUCAGUGUUUGCACAGGUCAUUUAUCUUCAACUGUAUAAUAUGACACAAGGGAUGAAACUGUCUGUGAACACACGUGUACAUUACACUUGCUGCGGCACUUUAGGAUUUUUGGGGACAAAUGCCACCAAAGGGCAUCCUUUGGGUUAGAAAAUGUAAGUGAUUUGAUUUUUGUUCUGUCAAUAAGUUAUUUAAAUUCCAUUUUUCUUUAAUAACUGAAACCAAGUGAUGCUACACUGCCCAUGAAAUAUAAUGUACCAAAAAAAAAAAAAAUUUGUGUAGAUGCUCAGUCAUCCAGGUUUUGGUAAUCUACAAAAGUUGAAUCGAGGCACCGAGACUCGUUAGAAAUGUUUCACAUUUAAUCCAAAAGGUUUCUUUGUUUCUGACAACUGGUGCACUGAAUGUCAUUCUGCAGCUACCCUUGGCAAAAAAAAAAAACAACAACAACUAUAUUUGACUUAAGAUCUAAAACUGAAGAAGCCUUUUUGGUUAAAA